CUUGUGCGCGGGGCAUGGCAGCCGGCUCACCAGGAUCGGCGACCGGCUCAUCGUCUGGCGGCUGUGCCUUUUGAAGCCAGUUUAUCGGGAUCUUUUGAGUCGGUAGGCGAUAGUGCCCUUUUGCGCACUUUUGCCGCGUCUGUUUACAAACCGGCUUUAACUGUUUACACCAUACCGUGCUUCUUACAUGUGAAAUGUGACAGAAACUACGUUGAUUUUCUUAUUUAAUUGUGAUUGUGACUUUCGCGGGCUUCUGAGUGGAGGUGUAAAAUGAUGCUCUGGGAGAUUUUCGUUCGGGUAUUCCUGGCUCUUGUUGUUACAGAAUGUGCAGUACAUGCGAAAGAAGAUCCCUUUUUCUCAAAAAGUCCCAAGGAUGUAGAAGUAGUCCUUGGUCAAUCGGCGACUUUGCCUUGUGAAGUGACUCCAAACAUAGGUAUCGCCUACUAUUGGGAGUUGAAUGGAUCUAAAAUAUCGGACACCACUCGUCGCUACCAGCAGGGUGGUGAUCUGUACAUCACUCGCGUGGAUCGAGAAAGGGAUGCAGGGCAGUUCAGGUGUGUCGCCGAAAAAGUUGGAGGAGGGAUGCCGCCGAUCGUCAGUUCACCAGCAACCAUCAACAUUCAAUGUGAGUAACCCCAUGAAUAAUCUGGGCGAUAUAGGGACCUUCGAAUAUACGUGAAGGAGAGGUGAGUAAAGGUCCAUUCACACUCAGCCGUGACGUGACAGUGCCGUGACGUGCCAGUGAUUCUCGCUGACGUGAGCUCACAGUGCUUUCAAUUCACACCGGUCAGUAUUUUUCUCCGUGCUCUGACAGUGCAGUAGUGUUCACGUGAGGUCGAAAUAGCAAAAUUUGAAGAAGAAGAAACGAGAAGAAAACGGAAGUCCAUGUAUUUUGAAUUUGACUGGUUCUAAAGCACAAGAUGUGCGCGCACAAAUUCAAUUAGUUUUUCAUCAUUCAUGUUUUUGACCAAAUAUAUCAAAACAUUCACGAAAUUACA